AUUUUUUGCGAUAAAACAAAAAACAAGCCCAACAUAUUUUUAAGAUAAAAAAAGAAUCAACUUAUGUACCUUCUAGUUGGGAGUAUUAUAAUCAGUAGUAUUUUGAAAACGUUACAGUAAAUACGCAGAUUUCUUGAAAAGCGCGUUGUUUGAAAAUUGAUAUUUACAAAUAGUAAUAAUUAAAGAAAUUGUUAAACAAUAUGAAAGUUUUAAUAUUUUUAAUAAGUUAUGCACUGUUGCAACUUCAUGAGGUUCACAUGGCGGCAAUUGAAACAGAGGAUGGUGAAACUUCUUUGCACUUUGAUUUUAAAACUGAAAAUGGUCAACAGCGUGUAGAAGAUGUAAAAUAUGAUAAUAAAAAGCUCAGCUCAAAGUCUUCGGAUGUUGCUGAUGAUGCCAAGCUUAGACCAGAUGAAGUUACCAUGAAACCGGUAGAAUUCCGUGGUGGUUAUAGUUUUAUAUCGGCCGAUGGUUAUGAAUAUACCGUUAAAUAUAAGGCCAAUAAAAAUGGUUUCCAACCUUAUGUUACGGCUCAUAAAUUGAAAAAUCCUCCAGCAGCGGCCACUUUAUAAAAAAAACAUAUAGAUUUUAUAAUUCAUUAUUCAUAUUAGUUAUUAAGGUUUUUAAUUCUUGUGUUUUAGUUGUAAAAAGACAAAAAACUAAAAUUGUGAUAAAUAUUAAAAAGAAAAUGAAAUACAUACAAUAAAUUUAAAAAUUUUACAAAUACAAUGACAUUUAAC